AGAAAAGCGGGAGGGAGUGUGAGAUAAAGGCAAGGCAUAUAUCCAUAUGAUGAGAGAGUAGUGAAAAACGAGAAUGGAGGUUUCACAAACAACACAACAGAGAGUGACAUAAGAGAAGAGAAGAGAAGAGAAAAAUGACGACGGGUAUGGUUCGCGACCAGAACCUGGAGAAGCACAUCCACAAGCAGAUGGGCUGCAUGGCGGGCUUCCUCCAGAUCUUCGAUCGCAACCAGAUACUCACCGGAAAACGCGUCUACUCCCCCAAACGCCUCCCUCCGGCCACGGCGGAGAAGCCCAGCGCCUCGCCCUCGCGUUCCCCGCCGCGGGAGGUCCAAUCAGAGGCGAAGGGCGGCGCUCCCGCCCUCCCCGUUCUGGAAUUCAAGGAAGGCACGCGGUCCUCGUGGAAGUUCACGCGAGAGGCUCCCAGGCUGUCGCUGGACAGCAGAGCCGUGGUGGACGCCAAAGGAAGCCUCCAGCGUAGAGAGAUCCCUCCGGAAAACGACGUGGACAAGCAGCGUCGUUCCACCAGCGUCAUUGCCAAGCUCAUGGGCCUUGAGCCCUUGCCGGAUUCGGACGUGCCCGUGCCCAUGCCCAUGGCCAAGCUCCAGAGAUCCGCCUCCGAGUCCAGAGUGUCCAGAGAUCUGCCCCUGCCCCUGCCGCUGCCGCAGCCGCAGUGUCGCUUCUUCGACCCCAACAGUUUACCCAGGUCGCAGUCGCAGGGACCCAAUGUGGUCCACGGGAAUAAUGAUGGUGCCUUCCGCAGCCGAUUGGACACUGGCAGAGGCGCAGGUGCAGGCGCAGAUCCACCUAGGCACAGGGCGAAGAAGAGCUUCUACGACUCCGCUGAUUUCUUCCCUGAGCCUAAACACACCGUCUCAGUCUACUCUGAGAUUGAAAGAAGACUUCGGAUGCGAGGGAUUAACGAGCCUUCCAAGGACCUCCACACGCUCAAGCACAUCCUCGAGGCCUUGCAGCUCAAGGGCCUUCUACAUUCCAACAAACCCAACCAAUCUCCUAUUGUCCUCAUGAAACCGGUUCGAUCCCCUUCCCCUUCCCACUCCCACCGGAGCCCCCGAAGGAGCGAGAUUGAUCGGAAUGCAAGGAAUCAAGUCAGAGCACCCAACCGUAGGAAGCUCCCCAACCCCGAAACGCAGAGGAAAGUGGAUUCCAGAAGGGUCUCCGUGUCUCCGGUUCAUUCGCCUAAGGCCAGCCCCAGGAGGAAUGCAUAUGCUAAUGCAACCGGUGGAUCCCCCAGGUUGAGAAAAAACAUGGAGCGUAAGGCAGAGGAUGAGUCCUCCACCGUUUCAGACAACAGCUUCAGCGCCUCCUCCUAUCCCGAUACAGAGAGGUACAGGAUGGAAGAGUACAAGGAAGGGAAAGAUCUGUUGGAUAGGUGCGAUAAGCUGCUGAACAGCAUAGCAGAAAUAACCGCGGCGAACGAGUUGCAACCGAGUCCAGUAUCGGUGCUUGACUCGUCGUUUUACAAGGACGACUGGUGUUCACCAUCCCCGAUAACCAAACGCUGCAUUGAUUACAAAGAUCAAGCGGCGGAAUCAGAAGACGAUGUGUGGAGUUCAGCAUUGUGCAGCAGCGAGGAGGCAGCGUCGGAGGAUAGCGAUUUCGUUUACGUGUCGGAGAUUCUGCGAGCUUGCAGUUACUUGCCGGAAGAGAGCGACGUUUUCCUCUUACUGGAGAAGCAGCAGUGUUUGAAGGGGAAGGACAGCUCGAAGGCGUCGACGCUGCAGAGGCGGUUGAUAUUCGACAUACUCCAGGAGAUCCUGAACCGGAAGCAGCAGUUGCCGCCGUGGAAGGCGGUGUCAGGCGGGGAGCAGAGGCAGCAGAUCUGGUGGGAGUUCCAGAGGAUCCGGGAGAGGGAGGAAUCGGAGUCGGAGGACUUUUCAAAGGUGGUAUGCGGGAUGUUGAGGAAGGACAUGGCGGAGGAGAUGCGGGGGUGGGGAGAAUGGCCGGUGGAGAUGGGAGAUGUGGUGUUGGACGUGGAACGUCUCGUGUUUAAAGAUCUGGUUGGCGAAACCAUUCGAGAACUCGCUUCCCUUUCCCCUCAACCUCAAUGUAACAACCUACCCGCGCUUCGUAGGAAACUCCUCUUUUGAAUUCCAUUCACAACAACAACAAAAAAAAAAAAAAAAAAAAAAAAAAAAAAAAAAGCAGAGAAAAAGAGUCACUCGCACGCUUUGUUUAAAUUUUCGCGCGCUUGCCUUUUUUCUUUUUUAGCUUGCUUUCUUAUUAUCAUUUUACCUUUUACUUUCUGUCAAUGACGAGAUCAGGAAUUUUUAAAUCUGAAAUCUAGGCAAGUCUGACCACCAUCAUGCCUUUUUCUUCAAUACAGAUGAAUCAAGUGUUGGAUUUU